AUGGACUAUCGAAGAGCUCAGCGAAAUUUGCAGUUAGUAAAUGAAAAUAAUAUUGAUAAUGAUUUGAAAGUUGUUGCAGAACUACAAGAAAAUGAAAGAAACCAGGAAGACGAAGCCCUUAUUAGUACACAGGUGCCGUCUUUAAAGUUUUCACAGUCUUCAGCAUCUAGCCCUGAGGAUAAUAAAAGGAUAUAUAGUAGUAGUAGAAUAAGUUCCCCAAUAAAAACAAUGGGAUUGAUAUCUGACCCAUCCAAUAUUAUUAAAGAGGUAGACGAUGAGGAUAAAGAAAAACAAACAGCAACAAUUAUUGGGAAUGUUGAAGAUGGUAUUAUUAUUAAUAAUCAUAACGAAGGUAAUAUAUUACCAAAUGAUAGUGAAGGACACAUUCCCAGUCACGGAGAUAUCGAAGCUGGGAACAGUGAUAUUUCACCAGGAAACCAGGCUCAUAGUGGUAAUACAAUGCAAGAUGAUCAUGUUUUAAUUAGUACACAGAUUCAAAGCCGACUCGAUGUAAUUAAUCGUGAUUCUGAGAUAAAAGGCAAACUGAGUCAAUUCAGGUAUGCUAUCAGUGAUAGCGCUGGAUCUUUUCCUGAGCUUAAUGGCAUAGCAAGACACAGUAAGAGGCUGGCCUCUGAAGUAUUCAUAGCUAAUGAAUCGAAACAAAAGAAGACUAAGACUUGUUCGCAAAAGAAGGAUGUAGCUCCAUCCAACUUAACAAGAGCACAAGAUCUAUUGAAAAAACUAUCUGGUAAGCAUAGAAAGGUUCGUGACAUAUUAAAAGGACAACAAGAGGCAGAUAAAAAGAAUUCUAGAGGUAAAGUGCAACUGCAACCUUCUAGAUCAUUUGAUGUGUAUAAUGCCGAGGAAUGGAAAACGAUUUCUUCUCAAAUAUUGAAGAACUUUCCAAGAAGUAAUACACAAGAUGUGAAGGAUGUAUUUUUUUAUUUAUAUGGUGAUUGUGAUACAUUGGAUAUGUGGGGAUCUUCACAAAAGCCUCCUGAAGAGUUUAUGCCACAAUCUCAACAGAAUAAGUCAAAUUUUGUCCACCAGAAUAAAAAAAAUGAUUCUGCCAGCAGCGCAGAUAUGAUGAAAUUAUUAACCUUAUCACAAGUUAUGGAAGAUACAACUGACCAUGAAAAGAGUCUAUUAAUUGUUGAUGAAAAUAUAGUUGAAAAUGUUAGUACAUCUGAUGAACAAAGCCUUUAUAUAACUCAAGAAAAUGUGGUGGAUGAGCAAGAUGUGGAGAAUGGAAUUGAUCUAAGAGGUUCUAAUAGUGGUUCGGUGGAUAGUAUUGCCGAUAGAAAGUUGAAGGAAGACGAAGUUGAAUCAGUGAUACGACCACCCAACAGGAAUGUGGGCACUAUCGAAACAAAGCCUCAUAAUAUUGCAGAAAGGGAUACUGACGUAAUUCCAAAAAUAGUAGAAAGUGCUGAAGGUAAUUCGAAUUCCGAUGAGGAUAUUAUACUAUAUGACAGUAUGGACGAAAUGAAGGUUGAAUUUCCUAAUGUGGAACAACUUGAAUUGGAUCAAUAUAAGUUUAUUCCAACAACAGCAACAUUGCCACCGUUAAUAGAAACUUUUAACAAGCCAGAUAAGACAUAUAAAGAGGAUGAUGUCGAUUUAACACAGGCAUCAUUCACUGUAUCUAAUGAGCUAAUUUCUCCGAUAAAAUCUGAGGGAGUAAUCCCAAAGGAAAGUACCCCGAGGAAAGCUUCUCCUCGAACAAAAUUUUCUAGUAAAAUUCAAGUACCUGCCACUCGUGCACCAACAUUAAUCUGCAGUGAGAAAUCGGUCAAAGUAUCCCAGGAUGGGUUUGUAGUUAAUGCCAGAUUAUCAGAAACUACAUGCGAAAGGAUAAGUAAUGGUGAGUUACCUUUUAAAUUCACAAGGAAUUCAAACUUGAAUAAGACCGAGGCUGCUUCUGAUGAUACUAUAAUAUAUGAUUCCGAUAUUUGUAACCAUAAAUCAGAUUGUGAAAGAAAUCAAGAAUCGAAUAUAUUUGAAUUGAAAUAUUCAACUAAAGAGGAGCCGAAAUUAGCUACAUCAGAGCCUCCGAUUGCACUGGUAUCAGAAUCUAAAACAGUUGAAACAAAUGUUAUAAUGUCUCAGUCUUCAGCUCAAGACCUUAGGCGACAGAUGAAGGAGAUUGGAUUGAGGCCUGUUCGGUCUAAAACAGAAAUGAUUGAAUCUUUAGAGAAUGCGUCACAAGUCCUAGGUGAGGCAGUUAUCGAAGGAAAUUUUGGUACAAGACAAGCGUUGUAUGAUCAUUUGACUAAAUUGGUUAAAAACGAGCCAUCAUUAUUAGAGAGGAUACAAACCUUCCAACCUAUCUUGAUGGAGACAUUUCUUUAUGAGUUAAAUGAAUUAGAUCCCUUGGUAAAUCUGAUUGAUGAGUCAACAAUACAAAGCUGGGCAGACGCCAAUGGAGUUAGUCUAAAACGUAGUUAA